GUCUGCAGUGGUUGACUUUCAUUGAUUCCGAAGGAUGAAUCAUAGAUUCAAAAGCUUUAAGGAAGAGAAUAUUUUAUGGGGGAGUUGAUCCCGGACUGCGGAAAGAGGUUUGGCCUUUCCUAUUGGGAUAUCAUGCAUAUGAUUCAACAUCUGCAGAGAGGGAAUAUCUCAUGUCAGUUAAAAAGUCAGAGUAUGAGGCUAUUAAAAACUAGUGGCAGAGUAUCUCCAGAGAACAGGCAAAAAGCUUUACAAAAUUUAGGGAGAGGAAAGGCCUUAUUGAUGAAGAUGUGGUAUGCUGGAAAAUGCCUCAUUUUUUUCCUUUUGAAUUAACUUUCUUUAGAUGAAUUUGGUAAUUCACCAUUCAUUCUAUUUUCUUGCUCAACUAAUUCAACUCAUGGGUAAUUACAGGUAUUGAUUUGGCUGUAAGAAAUCCUCAAGGGACCGCCAGGUCAAUUGUAAAUGGAGCAGAUCAAGCAAAAAGAGGAAUGGUUUAGCUUUGCGAGCCCCUUUCACUUACAUUUGACCAUGUGAAUUACUAUGUGGAUAUGCCUGCAGAAAUGAAGAGUCAGGGAAUCGAUGAAAAUCGUCUGCGAUUGUUACGGGAUGUCAGUGGUGCUUUCAGGCCCGGUAUUCUAACAGCACUAGUUGGUGUCAGUGGUGCUGGAAAGACCACAUUGAUGGAUGUGUUAGCAGGGAGAAAGACUGGAGGGUAUAUUGAAGGAAACAUAAGCAUUUCUGGUUACCCAAAGAAUCAAGAAACGUUUGCUCGAGUCAGUGGUUAUUGUGAACAGAAUGACAUCCAUUCACCAUUUGUUACUGUCCAUGAAUCUCUCUUAUACUCUGCCUGGCUGCGUCUUUCUAAGGAUGUGAAGACAGAAAGAAAACAGAUGUUUGUGGCAGAAGUUAUGGAUCUUGUUGAGCUUAAUACCUUGAAAAAUGCUCUAGUUGGACUUCCAGGAGUAAAUGGUCUUUCAACUGAACAGCGAAAGAGGCUCACCAUUGCUGUUGAGUUGGUUGCUAAUCCCUCCAUCAUCUUUAUGGAUGAGCCCACAUCAGGCCUUGACGCAAGAGCUGCUGCAAUUGUCAUGCGUACUGUGAGGAACACGGUGGACACAGGGCGAAUUGUUGUCUGCACCAUUCAUCAACCGAGCAUAGAUAUCUUUGAAGCUUUCGAUGAGCUUCUAUUGAUGAAGAGAGGAGGGAAUAUGAUAUAUGCUGGACCUCUCGGUCGCCAUUCUCACAAGCUUGUUGAAUAUUUUGAGGCUGUUCCAGGGGUUCCUAACAUUACUGAGGGUUACAAUCCAGCUACUUGGAUGUUGGACGUUAGCUCUACUUCAGUUGAGGCACAACUUGAUGUUGACUUUGCAGAAAUUUAUGCCAAUUCUGGCCUCUACCAGUAUGUUUAUAGACAGUACUGA